GCUUGGCGCCGGGAGGGCUCCCCGAGGGUGUGCAGCAGGGGCGUGCACCGGAGGGGUUGCACCGAGAUGUACCCCGGAGGGAAGGUCCCCCGGGGGAGCGGGCAGCGGCAGGGGCCGCCCGCCGGAGGCUGCCAGCGGGAGGAGCUCGGUGCCAUGCUGGAGGCCCCUGGGCCGCUGUGCGGAGCAGAGCACGAUGCCCUUCCUGCACGGCUUCCGCAGGAUCAUCUUCGAGUACCAGCCCCUGGUGGACGAGAUCCUGGGGCUGCUGCCCGUGCCGGACGCGGAGCAGCAGAGCAGCCUGGAGAGCCCUGCCUGUCUGGGCGGUGACCGGAGCCAGCUCUCUGCUGUCAGACAAGUCCUGGAGAGGGAGACCCACUCCCCGUUCUACCAGGAGGGUGUGAGCUACGCCCUGCUGAAGGUCACUGAGCUAGGGCUUGUCCCUGCUGCAGAAAUCCUGCUGGAGUUUGGAGCUGACCUCAGCUUUGAAGAUCCAGUCACCUACUACACCUCCCUGCACGUCGCGGUGCUGCGCAACCAGCCGGACAUGGUGGAGCUGCUGGUGCGGCACGGUGCUGACAUCAACCGCAGAGACCGGAUCCAUGAGAGCAGCCCCCUGGAUCUGGCCAGCGAGGAGCCCGAGCGAUUGCCCUGCCUGCAGAGGCUGCUGCAGCUGGGAGCUGAUGUCAACGCUGCUGACAAAAACGGCAAGACUGCCCUGCUGCACGCCCUGGCCAGCAGCGAUGGUGUCCAGAUCCACAACACCGACAGCAUCCAGCUCCUCCUGGAUGGAGGUGCAGAUGUCGGGGCCACCACCAGAGAUGGCGACACUGUCUUCACCUACGUCAUCUUCCUGCUGGGGGAGAUGGUCUGCAGCAGCGCGGAGGAGGCGCAGGACAUCAGCCGCUUCUGCUUCCGCGUGACGCAGCUGCUGCUGGCCCACGGUGCCAACCCCAGCCAGUGCCCAGCCCCUGAGUCCCUCACCCACCUCUGCUUCAAAAGCUUCAAACGCCACUUCCCGCUGCUGCGUUUCCUGCUGGAGUCAGGAGCUGCCUACAACUGCUCCCUCCACGGUCCCUCCUGCUGGUCAGGCUUCCACAUCGUGUUCGAGUGCCUCUGCUCACACCUCAGCGGCUCGGAGGACGACAGCUUCUCUGCAGAGCUCCUCCAGAAGGGGCAGACGCUGCUGGAGCUGAUGAUGAGCAGCUCCCAGGCCAUCCAGCUGCCCAGCAACUUCGAAGUCAACACCAGCAGCUGCAGGUCCCAUGGGGAGAAGAUCAGGACUCUCUUCUGCUCCCUGAAGCAGCUGGAGCGCUCCCCACAGGCACUCAAACACCUCUGCAGGGUCUUCAUCCGGCAGCGCCUUAAGCCUUGGCCAGUGGAUGUCAAAAUCAAGGCUCUACCUCUCCCCGACAGGCUGAAGUGGUACCUGCUCAUCGACCACACUGCCGCUGCCCGUGAGGACCUCUGAGCCUCUGCUGCCUCUCCAUCUGCCCGCCUGGUGGUCGUGCUGUGCCUACAGCCACCCAGUCUGUGCCCUGGGCCAUUUCUUGCCCUGCAGGGCGUGGACUGGCCACAUGCUGUCCCUCUGCCCACACGUGCCCAGAGUGCCCCUGUCUGCUGUGCUCGAGGGCUUCCAUCUGGGCGUGAUGCUGUGCACACAUCUGGAGGUUGGUCACUCUGGCAUGUUGUGGGACAGUGGGCAGAGCCCUGUGGAUUCCCAGAGGUGCAGAGCCCCUGGCACUGGGGAGCAGGGUGCUGCUUUGUAUGGACUCCAAGGCUCUGGUGGACAGGAGCAGGUGGGGCUGUUGGGGUGGUUGGACUGGAUGCCAGGUCCAGGCUGGGUGAUGCAGUGCCUUAGGCAAGCGAUGGAGUCAGGAGAUGCCUUGGGGUUCUGGGAGGUGUUACUGUGCCAAGAGGUGCUGGUAUCCCUGUCUUGGCUUCCUGCUUGGAGCUGGAGGCAGGUCCAGCAUCUCCAUGUGGGUGCCUUCCUUGCUCAUCCAGAUGGGCAGGGCUGGCCAUGGUGGGUGGCUGCUCAGCACCCCGAGAUUCUGCUGGGAGCAUCCCAUCCUCCUGGCACAGAGCACCAGCCACAAAGGACGUCUCAGGUGCUGGACCCCAGGAGACACAAAUGGAUGUUUCUUGGCUUUGUGAUUGUUCCCUGUGUGUGGAGGAGCAGGAGGCAGGAAACUGCUGAGUGCUUUGGGCCUCCCUUGGCUCCUUCCCUUGCUGACUGCUCCCAGGGCCUCGGUCUCCAGUGCCUCCUUCCCAGGAACGAGGAAUUGCAGCACCACUCAGGCUUCUUUCCAAGCAGCUACUGGAAACUUCAAACUCAGGGGGUUGCCCUUGGAGGUGUCCAUGUCCCAGCCUUGCCACAUCUUCUGGCUCCCUCCUCUAGGCACCUGCUUCCUCGUGCUGUGCCAAAGACUGGCCACAGAGCUGAGCCCCCACUUUGUGCUGGUUUGGGUUUUUUUCACGGGGACAGGUGCAGGAGAGGAUGGAAGCAGGAAAACUCUUCUGAGCAGGUACAGUUCAUAGCAGGUGGGUCAGAGAAGGGUCUCCCUGCACUGCCCUCCUGGCAGCAUCUCCCCUCUCCUGGGACUGAUGUUUAAUUAAUAAUGAUGUGAUCAGAACUCCCCUGGGGUCUGCAGGGGGGCAGUGAGCAAUUAAAUAAGGCCUUUUGCACCUA